UAACCGUAGUUCUCUUGACUUUGAAGACGAUCUCUUUUAUUUGUGGUGCUUUCCUGAAACAGUAUCUGUAACACUGGGUCUGUGCAGCUUUAUUCCUCCGACUUCUGUUUGUGUUAACCGGCACAUUAUGAAAGGUGAGCAGGGUUUAGCAGAUUAUAUCUUCCAGUAAGUUCUACAACAGAACUUUUGCUUUGUGGAAAACCAGGCUCAUGAUUAACUCAACACAAGAUCCAUACUUCAUCCUUUCUGCCUACUAUGACACUGGGGCAUUUAAAUACUUGUGUUUCCUCAUUAUUAUGUUUCUGUACAUAUUUAUUGUUGCAGCCAAUGUUUUUCUGAUGGUGGUGAUCUGUGUGAACAGGAGCUUACAUGAACCUAUGUACAUGUUCCUGUGCAGCCUGUUUGUUAAUGGACUGUAUGGCAGCACAACCUUGUUCCCGUUCCUCCUGGUCCAGAUCCUCUCUGACGUUCACUUGGUUUCUGCUCAGCUCUGUUUCCUGCAGAUGUUCUGUGUUUAUACUUAUGGAGGUGUAGAAUAUUUAAACUUAGCCAUCAUGUCUUAUGACCGAUACCUGGCUAUCUGUUCUCCGUUACAAUAUAAUAAAUACAUGUCUUAUAAUAAGGUUGCAGCCCUUAUAGCAGUUAUAUGGUUGCCUCCGAUUUUUAUAAAUGUCAUUACUCUGCCUCUGAUUGUUCCUUUGAAACUCUGUGGAAACAUUAUUAACAAGGUCUACUGUGACAACCACUCUGUGGUGAAACUGGCCUGUUACGACACCACAGUCAACAACAUCUUCGGCCUGUCUGUUAGUGCUCUCUCUGUGUUCGCUCCUUUCAUUUUAAUUCUUCACACCUACAUGAAGAUUCUCAGAGUGUGUUUCUCUGGAUCUAAACAGACCCGACAGAAAGCUCUCAGCACCUGCACCCCUCAUCUCGCCUCCCUGCUCAACUUUUCCUUUGGCGCCUGCUUUGAGAUAUUACAGAGCAGAUUCGACAUGAGCAGCGUCCCAAACUCACUGAGGAUCUUCUUAUCGUUGUACUUCCUCACGUGUCCACCGCUCUUCAACCCUCUAAUGUACGGCCUCAAUCUGGCUAAGGUCCGUGUUGCAUGUAAAAAUCUCUUAUCACAAGUAUCGUAUUAG